UCCCCUCGCCGUGCUCCGGAGGCGGCGCCCAAUGGGGCUGCGGCCACGUUGUUUCCAAACACGGCAGAUGCCUCUCCCUCCACGCCUCCCGGAGGAGAGCCCGCCGCGGGGCAAAGGGAGCUCCUCUGCCGGGAGAGCGGAGCCAACAGGGGUGCCAGCCGCAGGCGCAGGGAGUUCAGCAGCCUAGGGGCGGCCGGCAGGGCUUUGCCCCUUUACUGCCGCCCACCUUGCGGGUUUGCUCCGAGCGGGCCCCGGCAGAGGGCUGGGGGGAGCCCCAGCUGGGCUGUUUUCAGGAGCCCCCCGGGCCGCCCUGCAAGGGGGUAGGCAGGUUGGAGCACCUGGGCCUGCCACAAGCGCCGCGGUGCCUCUUCAGCACCCCAGCAAUGGCUCCUGCACAAGCCCGGGACAAGAGAAGCGGGCCGGCUCGGCUCGGCUCAGCCCGUCCGACCCUCCGGGAGCGGGGUACCGUCGAUGCUCCCUCUGCCGGGUGGAAACCCCCUCCUUCCCCACAAGACGUGACGCCGGCGUCACCGGAAGUGACGUAUGCACUCCCAUGAUGCCCCGCGGCGGCGGCCAUUCAAAUCCCAGCCGCCGGCGGCUGGACAGAAAAUGGCGGCGCCUGGUACAGCGGUUACUCCUGCGCGAGCCGCCUCUCCCGCGUCCCCGCUUCUCAUAGCUGAGGCGCUACCGGCCAUAGAUCGCGGUGGUGGCGGGAUGAGGGCCCGGCGGAGCGGACCGGUGGUGGCGGCGGCAUGCCCCUCGGUGUCCGUGGUGUUCCCGGGCGCCGUGAGCCGGGAGAGCUGCUGCCGCUUCGCCUGCGAGCUCCUCAAGCACGUCCUGCACCAGCGGCAGCAGCUCCCGCUACCCUACGAGCAGCUCGCCUACUUCUGCCGGCGGGCAGCAGCGCAGGAUGGAGAUGCGAUUAAGAAGCCACCCUCUGUGGACCUGGCAAGCAAGAAGUGCCAGCAGGUGCUCAUGGAGCUGGAGGGAGUAUUGCAGCACUUGGAAGUCAUGUUUAGUUUGACACUGGUUCCUCGAGUUCUUAUCCUACUUGGAGGCAAUGUCAUGAGCCCCAAGGAGCUCUAUGAGCUCAACUUGGAGGGUAUUUAUGAGGCCAGUGCUGAGGAGAGCCUGAAAACUGCAUCAUGUGUUCGCAAGCUCUUCCAUUCACUCUUCGUUGCCGAUGUCUUCAGUGAACUUAAGGCUCUCCCUGUCACAGGCACUGUCAUUAUGCUCCAAGGACACCGUGAUUGUGGUGUUGAUUGGUUCCGGCCUAAACUCAACUAUAAAGUGCCCACCCGAGGGAGGAAACUAACUGUUAAUUUGUCCUGUGAUGGAGACAUCAACGUACGUGCCUCAUCUCCUCAGCAUAUGACUUCUACCUGGGAGGACUACGUAUGGUUUCAAGCGCCCGUGACGCUCAAAGGCUUUCAUGAAUGAUCAGUGCUCUGUAGAAUUUUUAUGGAAUAUUGAAUAACUUUUGGUGCUGCUUUAAGUGAUAAUAACUUUAUCAAAUGUAACCGCGUAUUCUUAUCUGCCUGGAUCUCUUCCCCAGGGCAUCUGCUGCCUUCCUGUAGCUGGACUGUGUUCAUCUGUCUUCAUCUCCUGGAUUGUUGUUGAAAGCAAAUACCCUUUAAGGCACAGUUGCACACAGGAUACAGUGAUUCUUUAGGGACCCAAGUUGUGGCACAGGACAUGAAUUAGUGUAUUGGGAGUAAAACUUUCCUGCCAUGUACUUGCUGAACUGGCAAAUACUGGAUACAUUCUUCUGUCUCCUGAAUUUGAAUGUUGUUAUUUCUCUGGUAAUAAUUACUAUAUUAGCUGAUUGUUUGGGAGUCCAGAUAAUGUAUGUGACUAUUAAUACACUUGGCCUUUACUAUAAAGGCCGUAACCACUCUUACCUACCCUGUUCCUGCAAAAGGAGACCUUUCCCUGCAGUCUGAUCAGGCUUGAGUGCUCAAGUGUUUGCCCAUCUAUUUGAUAAUAACUAACUCAAUUUCAGUUACUUAAUCCAAAGAGUGGGAUGUCACACCAAUUGGGAGGCCUUGUAGCUAGUACAGUUUUGUGCUAUUGAUGAAGAGAGGUUGAGCAGUCCUGUGAAGGCAGGGAAGCACAUCUUCCUAAUUUUUUUAUUAACUUUUAAUCUAACAGCCCUGACAAUCAGAUAUACAGUUAAAAUUAAAGUAAGCCGUUUCUGCUCUAAUCCUCUUCAGAGGAAGUUAGGACUCCUGUCCCAAUAUGCUAGUUUAUUCUCACUUAAAAAAACAACAAAAUAGUUUCUUUCUUAUUUUCACCUCUUAGAAGUCUUAGGCUUGGAAUGUUUCUGAAAUCUGAAGAAGAGGUGAGGGGACUGUGAUCAAAUUCAGCACUAUCUUUACCUCUCAAAUUCCUGUUCUAAGUCAGAACACAUUACCUGGAAGCAGAACUUGAGCCCUUCCUUCAGGCCUGGUGUCUAGUGCAGAGUGGGACAGGGAGAGAAGCCCUUAGGAGCACAGUGUGUCAGAACCUGGGUAUCUGCUGGAGUUUUCUGCAGCCAACUGGGUAUGGGUCUGUAAUGAGCUUAAUAGCUCCAUGUAGCUCGAUCCCCUUAGAAAAGAAACUUGAACAUUCUGGUAGUGGUUUCUCGCUAGCAAAAAUUGCAUGGUGGGGUGGUAAAAAUCCUUUGGAGGGAGGGUAAAUGUUGAAGUAACCCUCAACACUUUAACUUUGUCAUGUUGGAAUGGAAUGAGGUUGUAGGAGGAAAUUAAGUUGAUAUUUUUGAACUUGAAGAACACUAGAAGUGCUGUCUCUGCCUUAUUAUCCAUUAACAACUGUUUACAAUGUGUAGUAACUGCUAAAACUAGCUCUAGGGUAAAAACUGCUCGAAUGAAGAAAGCUGCCUUAUGUGCAGCUGCCCACUUGAAUAUGUAAUUGCGGGUCUCUUAAAUGAAAUAUAACUUGAACGUAGGAGUGUUUGUGCUCAGGAGAUCAAAACACCUCCACCACAGCUGCUUGCAAUGCAUAUUUAAGAAUUCUAGCACUCAAGUAUUUAAAGAAGCUUUUGAACAGUAGCCUAAGUUCUGAGAAACAAGGGUCAGUUCCUUUCUGCUCUCUUCCCCAAAUGAGUGCAAUGUUACCACAUUAAACUGUUUACAUACUCUGUUAUACUUGAACUAUGAAUGCAGCAGUGAUAUGGUGCAGGAAAUGAGAGAAGACAAGAUGCUUUUUUCUUUUUUCCUUAUGAAGAGCUUUAGAGCUUGAUUAAUAAGUCUAGUAUUAUAAUCAAUAUCAAAAUAAAAUGCUGUUUUCUGUA